AGAGCUGGAAUGAGAGAGGGAGGAGGGCCAGGGUAGCGAUGGCGGAAUUGCUGAAUGAAAGGAAGUGAAACGAAGGGGGGCUAGCCGCAUUUAGAACAAUACCCAGUAACUAGAUUCUCUUAGGGCUCAAUCAGGGAAGCAGCGUUCUCAUGGUAUGAUGAUGGAUCAUGGCCCUCGCCUGUCCCCAACAGUAGCAGCAGCAAACCCUAACUAACAAUCACUCCACUCUUCCACACCAUUCCAUCGCCGUCGGCUCAGUUUGUAUCUCCACCACUGGGUCCAUGAUUCUUGCGUAGCGUUACACACUGCAGUUACACACCGCAGUCGGUGAUUGUGUGCACAGGAGUUGAAUUCGGAGAAAUAAUCGUGUGUGUGUGUGUGGGGAGGGGAGGUGGUUUAGUUGGCGACGUCGACAGCUUGUCUCUUACCUUGGAUUCUCUGCAUUGUGAUGAAGCUGGGGAAAGCGUCAUCUGCGAUUCAUUUCGCACCACUGAUUGAGAACUUUAUUCGGUUCUGGACAUUCAUUGUAACAUGUCAACGCCAUCUGGGUUUCUCACUGAUGAGCAGCGGAAGUUAAUGGUAUCAUUAUCUCAAGGACGAGAUGCAGUUUCAGAAGAGAAGAAUUUGGUAAGAACAGUAUCACACGGGAAUCAGGAAAAUCCUGACCCUGCCGAGAAACAUGAGAAAUCUGGCGCGAAGCUCGUUUCUGUUGGCAGUAUGGAAUCCAAGAAAGAUCGUCAUUCUCAUUCCGGCAAGAACGGCAAGCCUAAAAAAGGCGGUGCUGGUGGGAAAGGUACUUGGGGAAAACUGCUAGCUGCUGACGGUGAGCUUGAGUUGGACCGCAAUGAUCCCAAUUAUGACAGUGAAGAGGAGCCCUACCAGCUUGUGGGGGCACCAGUGUCACAGUCCUUGGAAGAAUACAAAGAAAAGGUAAUCAGCCUUAUUGAGGAGUAUUUUGCAUCAGGUGACGUUGCAAGUAUGGCCAGUGAUUUGAGUAAUGUUGGUUCCCCCAAUUACCACCAUUAUUUUGUGAAGAGGUUAAUUUCAAUGGCUAUGGACCGCCAUGACAAAGAGAAAGAGAUGGCCUCUGUGCUCCUUUCAGCGCUGUACGCUGAUGUAAUUGAACCUGAACAGCUGGCCAAAGGUUUUGCCAACCUCUUGGAGGCUGUGGAUGAUCUUGUUUUGGACAUUCCAGAUGCCGUUGAUAUCUUGGCAAUCUUUUUAGCUCGUGCCGUGGUGGAUGACAUUUUGCCCCCGGCAUUUCUUUCCAAGACCCAAAAGGUAUUGGUAGAGGGCUCACAAGGACUUGCAGUGAUUCAGAAGACUCAAAAGAACUAUUUAUCGGCGCCUCACCACGCAGAAGUAAUCGAGCGUAAAUGGGGUGGUAGCACACACACUACAGUUGCUGAGGUGCAGGCGAAGAUUGUUUCCCUUCUCAAGGAGUAUGUGGAAAGCGGUGACAAAGCUGAGGCCUGUCGAUGUAUCCGGGAAUUGAAUGUGCCGUUCUUCCAUCACGAACUAGUGAAGAAGGCACUGGUAUUGGCUAUGGAGGAAAGAUCAGCUGAAGGAAAAAUUUGGUCUUUACUUCAAGAAGCUGCGGAGGAGGGCCUAAUCACUUCAAGUCAAAUGUCUAAAGGCUUUACCAGGCUUUCCGAUUCUAUCCAUGAUCUUGCUCUUGACAUUCCCCAGGCCAAGGAGAGGAUGGAGUUGUUCACAACGAAGGCCGUUGAGGAGGGCUGGGUUAGCGCUCCAUUUUCACGGGCAGUGGUCUCAGAACUCGCAAUGGGCUCUGCGGAGUCGCAGGAGUCCCGUACUUUUAAAGCCAAGGCUUCAAACAUUAUUCAAGAAUACUUCCUGUCUGAUGAUAUUGGUGAAGUGAUAAUAAGCUUGGAGGAUCUUGCAGCUCCUGAUUAUCAUGCUGCGUUUGUCAAGAGGCUUAUUACGUUGGCUAUGGACAGGAAGAACCGGGAGAAGGAAAUGGCUUCUGUUUUGGUUUCUGAAUUGUACGCAGAGGUGAUUCCUCUUGUUAGCAUAGCAAGGGCAUAUACGCUGCUACUCCAGUCCGCAGAAGAUACGGCCUUGGAUAUUCCAGACGCAGCCAACGAGCUGUCUUUGUUUCUGGCUCGUGCUGUAGUUGAUGAUAUUCUCCCCCCUUUGUAUCUUGAAGAGAUUAGCGAGCAGCUCGCUGAUGGUUCUCUUGGUAAGGAGAUUGUACGUAUGGCACAGUCUAUGCUCUGUGCACGCCAUGCAGGAGAGCGAAUUCUACGUUGCUGGGGUGGUGGUGGAACCGGACAGGCUUUGGAAGACGCCAAGGAAAAAAUUAAGUCUCUUCUAGAGGAGUAUGCGGCAGGUGGUGAACUAGCUGAGGCUUGCAGAUGCAUUCGAGAUCUGGAUAUGUCUUUUUUCCAUCACGAAGUGGUGAAAAAAGCUUUGGUGAUGGCGAUAGAGAAGAAUAACGAUCGUCCUCUCACAUUAUUAAAGGAAUGUGCGAACGAGGGACUCAUCACCACUAGUCAGAUGCUGAAGGGGUUCAGUCGUGUGAUAGAUUCAAUUGAUGAUCUUGCACUUGAUAACCCAAACGCAAGAGAGAAGGCAAAUGGGUAUGUGGAACAGGCCAAGAAGGAGGGCUGGUUGAAGUCCACUUUUGGUAAAACCGAAUCUGCUUCUAAUGUCACUAAGUGAAGGCCUCUGAAUAUGCAGACGGUGACGGUCACAGGUACUGAUGAGAAGGUGACCGCUACCCCUCUUGCGUGGUGUCUGUUCACCCGGACUGUAAUGACGGAGUGCUCACCUAAGGCAUUUACAUUUCGAUGAAGUAAGUUGAACGCACCUACCGACCUCUACCAUGUUAAUACAAGGUUCUGGUGGUGGCGAGUACAAAAUUCUUAUCAUCUUCCGGUGGAUCGCCCUUCUACUGUAGAUCAAGGUACUGCUUGGAGCAGUUCCUUAGAUCUCCUUGCAGCACAGGGAAAUGAUGCUUUUGCAUUGCUGGUCCGUUUGCCUUUUCUCAGCGCAAACUUGAUUUAGGUGGCAAUCAAAGGCCCUUGUUUUGAGCAGUGUGCACAAGUGAUUCUCAUUUUCACAGACAAUCAAGUUUUGUUCGUGAACCGCGGUCUUUUAUCUUCA